AGCUCUUGGAAAUAACAUCUGGCAAGGGUUUCCACAAAUGAAUUGACUGUGAAUGCAUUUUUCAAAGAGGAGGCGACACUUAUGAUUCUGAGUCAGCGUACUCCUUUUAACUGCUUCGUGUCCGCCUUUUUGAUUGCUGCUGUAGAUACUGUAGCGGUUCUUGCAAUAUUCCAAAAGGUUGGAGUCAACAAACGGUUAUACGUCAUGCUAAUCGGAGCUUCCUUGUUGGAUGAUGCGAUCACCUGCCAUAAUUUGCAUGAUUUUAAAGAUCCGAUCGAGUUUCUAGGUAAGUUUGCUGGCCUUCCUUUGCGUACCUUUUUGGAACCAUAG